GCUCGCGGGGUGUUCUUUCUGGGGGGACCGGAGCGACGUUUUCCCGAUCCCGUUAGCGCAUCCGUGCCGACGGGCGAUCUCCGACAAAACAUCCGGCGAGCGCAGGCAAAGAGACAGGAAAAAAGGCCUGUCGUUGUUCUCUCUCAUCAGCAACAAUGGCCACUGCAGCGAGGUCCAUGAGCCGGCAGGCUCUGUUCCUCGCCAGGCGAGGGCCUGUUCGACAGAACACGGCAUUUCAGAACCCAGUCGCGGCACAGUCUCGCUUCUUUUCAGCUUCGCCCUACAACUACCUGCCGGAAGACCCUCCAGUGCCUCCUCCUCCCAGGGACCCGAGGCCGGAGGAUAUGGAGCCUCUGCCUGAGUACUCUCCGGAACAUCUCAGCAAGGAAGAGCGCUCGAUGUAUGAAAUGAUGGGGCCGGAAGACCGACAACUUUUCGAUGCCGAGAACCGCAAAUUUGUGGAGGAGUACAACGAUCCCGCUAAACGAGCAGCCAUGUUUGCGGAGAUCGACAGAGGCGUCAACCAGAUUGAAAGAGAGCAGCCCAUGAAAUUCGAGGAUAUCCGUGAAAAACAACGUGGUUUCUGGGCGGAAGAGGAAGACGACGAGUUUGGUAUUGUAGAGGAUGGUGACGAGGAAUUCAACGACGAUGAGAUCACAUCAAUGGCACAUGCAGAGUUGGAGUUGCACCGUGAAAUCAGAGAAUAUGCAAGAAUUGCAGCGUGGGAUAUGCCGCUGCUGAGCAAAUUCGCAGAGCCAUUCGUUUUACCCUCCAAAGAGCAACUUCUCCGCUUCCGAUACACCACCUACAUGGGUGAGCAGCACCCGGCUGAGCCCAAGGUAGUUGUGGAGCUCAGCUCGAAGGACCUGGUUCCCAAGCAUCUUAGCGAAAAACAGCGCCAGACAUUCCUCAAACUCGUCGGACCCCGUUACAACCCAGAAACAGACAUCGUUCGCAUGUCCUGUGAAAAGUUCCCCCACCGCGCUCAGAACAAGCGAUACCUGGGCGACCUAGUCAACUCGCUGAUCAAAGAGGCUAAAGAGGGUGACUCUUUCGAGGAUAUUCCCCUUGACCUACGGCAUCACAAGCCCAAGCCUAAGAUCUACUUCCCCGAAUCCUGGAAGUUGACAGAGGAGAGAAAGAAGCAGCUGGCCGCUACACGGAAUCAGCGACAAAUCGCCGAGCAAGAACGGCCGCUUAUCGUAGACGGCAACGAUGUGGUUGCACUUGCCGUCAAGACACUACCUGCCUUGAACACGGCAUUGAACUUGAAGGCCGCUGAGGAGCGGGAGCGCGUUGCCGUCAAGGUCAGCGCUAAGGCACAGAAGAAGGGAGCGCAAAAGCUGCGGAGGUAGAGCAACACUACGUGAUAACGCUAAUGGGACAAGCAAUCUAGACGGUUGGAGCAGCGUCUUUCUAUCAUGUAUUCUAGACAGUUCUGAUCUCCAAUGUACCAUAACUUUCCAAUCUGUUAUUUUAAGAUCGAGAACCACAUGGCUGACAGGUUGAGGUUCCGCACGUGGCCUGAUAUAUCCAGAAGCAUAGCCGAUUACGAAAUAGGACCGAGUAAAACUUAACACUUUGGUCUGCCAUUGACUAUUUAUCACAG